AUGGAGACUGGACAGAGGGUGUCCCGGAAGGGCCGCAAGCUGGCCUCCAGUCGCCGGCGGCAGACACAAGAGCCAGCUGAUGACCAGGAUGCGCCAGGGGCCCCCAAGCCAGAGUCCUGGUCUCUCCAAGCCACAGCCGAACUGCAGGACUUCUUCCAGAACUGCGGUGCCAAGGAGAGGGGCUUUGUUACCCGAGACGACGUGGCGGUGGCCAAGUUCAGCUUCCUGGGCAGCGAGGAGGAGCCAGGAAUGAUCUUUGACUGGGUGGACAUGCAACGGAAGGGACGCCUCUCCCUGGAGGAAUUCAGCUCUGGUCUCAAGAGCAUCUUUGGCUCCAACCUGAGCACCCACAGGCUCCGCAGGAGGAGGACCGUGCCCUCUAAGCGGGGCUCUGCAGCAGCCAGCUUCCCAGCUCUGGACGAGGCCGAGGCCGAGGAGAAGGCGGCGUUCCUUGCCUUCCUGGAGCAGCUGGGCGCCGGCCCCUUACUUCCGGAGCAGGCAGAGAUCUGGCAGCUGUGGGCGAAGCUGCGGCAGGAGGAGCCCCACCUGGCAGGCAACCUGGAAGGCUUUCUGGCCAAGAUGACCAGUCGCUUGCACGAGGCGAGGGCCGACAAGGAGGCCCUGGAGCUGACCCUGAGGAAGCGUGACUCUGACCACCACCGGGAGGUCCAGGAACUGUACAACGAGAUGGAGCAGCAGAUCCACCAGGAGAGGCAGCAGCUGCAGGCCGAGAGCGACUCACGGGGCCUGGCCCUCAGUUUGAAGAUGCACGAGGUUCUAGAGGCCAAGGAGCGUGAGGUGCAGCAGCUGACCCAGGGCCACAGGGAGCUGGAGACCCAGCUGGACACUCUGAGCAGCACCCAGCAGGAGGCCAGUGCAGAGAACCAGCAGCUUCGAGAGGCUGAGCGAGACCUGGCUGGGCGGCUGGCGGAGGUGCAGGGACAGCUUCAGGAGACCAGGGGGCACCUGAAAGCGGCCAAGGGUCGAGUGUCCUGGCAGAUGGAGGAGGAGGACAGGCAAGUGGUGACCAGGCCUGGGGAGGGCCAGAAGACCCCAGAUCCCCAGGCCAGCGCACCUGACGAGACACCCCUGCCUGGGCUGUUUGGGGACAAUGAUGACUGGGACCAGCUCCUGAGCAGCUUUAGCAGUCCCCCAACAGCCCCCCAAGCCUUACAGCUCUCCUGGAGCCCGCCCCCAACCCCGAGAGCCCCCUCGGCCCCGCAGACACCCCGCGUGGUCCGGCACAUCUCCAUCUCGGAGCCACGUGCCUGGCCGUUUGGUCAGGAGCCAGCUUCAGAUCUCGAUGGGGCUCCAAGGACCUCCCCCGGGGGCCCUCCUAGAGCCGAGGAAGGGGGAAGCGGGGGCCUGGAUGGCAAGGACAGCAGUUCAGAGCAGCCUAUGCAGCCUCCUGGCCCAGAAGCCAAGGACGAGUCAAGGCCUGGUCUCGAGGCUCACUUCCACUGGGACUUCCCAGGGGUCCCGGCUAGGGAGUCAGGGGGCCUGGUGGCAGCCACACUCAAAAUGCUCAUCCCUUUGGAAGAGGGGUCCCCUCCUCAGGCAGAACCUCCCCUUCCCCAGGCCCCUGCUGGGCCCGGGGAAUUAUUCCAGGAUUUAGACCCGGAUGACAAGGGCCAGGACCCUGAGGCUGCCCCAGCCAGGGCACCCGGGCAGACAGAGCCCCUCCUUCAGGACCCACAUACAGCAGAUUCUGAGCAAAAGCCACGGCUUCCAGGGUCUGGGGCCCUCAUGCCUGGGCCUUCCCAGGAGCUGGAACCCCCAGCUGCCACAGAGGGGCUGCAGCCAGGCCUGCUGGUUCCAGCUGAGCAGGAGGGCCACCCUGGGGGACUAAGAGGGGCUCAUGGCCAGGUUUGCAGGCCAGAUGAGCUGCCUGCUCUCCCCCAGCAGCGUCUGGAAGAGAAGCCCAGGGCUGAGCAAGAGCAACAAGAUGCCCAAGGCGGGCAGGACACGGGUGCAGAGCAGUCGGCUGAGGCCGAGGGCCUGGGAGCUGGGCCUUCAGAACACCCCUCACAAGAUGCCCCUCAGUCCCCCGACCCACCCCAGGCUCAGGCUGAAGCAGAGGUCCCCGCUCAUGAGAAGCCCCCAGCUCCAGGCAGCCCCGUCCCCACAGGGGCUCAGUCUGCUGAGGGAGCAGGUCCCCAAGGGCCCACACCCACCCUCCCCACCACGGUUGAGCUGGCAGCCCAGCCCAGGCCCCUACCCAUGACUGAGAAACCAGGAGAGCAGGGCGCCCCUCAAACCAGGGAGUGGAGGGCAGAAACCAGGCCUGAGAACUCAGCGAUGGACGCCCAGGAGGCUGAGCGAUCCCCACUGGCAGGGGAGCUCCCGGCCAACGAGUGUCAGGCUGAGCCUGACUACGUUUUCCAUGUCAUCUUCCUGGGGGACUCCAACGUGGGCAAGACCUCCUUCCUGCACCUGCUGUAUCAGAACUCCUUUGCCACUGGGCUGUCUGCUACCGUGGGAGUGGAUUUUCGGGUCAAAACCCUGCUGGUGGACAACAAGCUGUUUGCGCUGCAGCUCUGGGACACGGCCGGUCAGGAGAGGUACCACAGCAUGACCCGGCAGCUACUCCGCAAGGCUGAUGGGGUGGUGCUCAUGUAUGACGUUACCAACCAGGCGAGCUUUGCCCACGUGCGCUAUUGGCUGGACUGUCUCCAGGAUGCAGGGUCCGAUAAGGCGGUCAUCCUUCUUCUGGGCAACAAGAUGGACUGUGAGGAGCAGCGGCAGGUGCCCACUGAGACUGGGCAGCAACUGGCCAAGCAAUUUAUCUUCAGGAUAGAAUCAGAAAUAACAGUCCCUAAGGGGAAACAGCAUGGAGACCGGUCACUCAAGAUGCAGGAAGACCACCUGAAGGGCUCACUGGUGGACGUGGCCCCAGAGGGGCCGCCAAAGAAGACUGGCUGCUGCUCUUGA